AAACACGUGAUCUCCUCUAUAUCAACACAAGGACGCCAUUAAUACUAAAGGCAGAGAGACGGAAAAUCAGAGGUGAGUUCAUACGGAAGUGAUGCCAAUCGGAGUCUUCUAACACGGGUGCAGUUCAGAGAUGGAUUCGAAGUCUCGUCGGUUUCCAUUCGCUGUUUCCAGCUCUUCCGUGCUGUCAUCACCCUCCUCGCUGUCCUCCUCUUCAGCGCUCAGUGCUAGUCGUCUCUAUGGCCGAGGGAGCAUCCUAGGGAGAGAUCACUUUAGCAGAGAAGCUUCUGUCAAACUAGACUCAGAGUAUCAGAGCUCUCGUUUGCUCAGCUCACCGAGAGGUUAUAGCUCAUCUGAGAGCCGCCACUCAAGCUGGAAACUCAAUACACCUAUUUCCCUCUCCUCUUCUUCGCCCUCUUCAUCUUCCUGUGAUCGAUCAUGGACAGAAUCCUCCAAUGGGGACAGAGGCAGAGUUACGGACUCUGAGAGAAGAUUGGGAAGCUACUGUGGACUUUUGGGCACGUCCCAAGACAGCGAGUCUAAAAGAGCAAAACUUUCCUACACAAAUAGAGCAGCGUAUUCCAGAACCCCAUCAACCUCUACACCUGCCAGCUCUUACUCUACUUUAGGAAGGAUGUCAGAUUCAUCAUGGAAGUCUACCAUUAGUCCUUUGUCAAGAUCAUCGUCUUCAUCGUCAUCAUCCUCCUCUUCCACAUCCACUCCAUCAGAAAGCCUGUGGUGCCGCAGAGAUUCGGAGAAGAGGGCAGAUUCGGGAAUUACCUCACUGGGAGAGUCGAGUUACCGACCCAGUGGGCUUACAUCUUCACUGUAUCGCUCGGAGCGCGUUACCUCCACCUAUGCACAGGGAGCUCGACCCAAAGAGAGCCAGUACUCAUCCCACAGAGAAAGCGGUUCAUCCACUCGCCGGAUCCCAACUGAGUACUUCCCCCCUCUGGAACGCAGCUCCCACAGGCUGACCUCCGAGUACCCGUCUGCCCCUCUCUCUCGCGAAACACCACGCUUCACUUCUACCUCUAGCUCCACCAGAGCCGCCUCCUCUGUCUCGGACCCCUCACACCUCUCAUCCUGGUGCUCCACCCCUUACACGCCACUUACUGGACGAAGCUCCAGCCCACCUCCCUCUAGCCCCGCACCUACUCCACUCCCUACUCAAAAUAGUGGUGAAUCAGAUGGCAGGCGAACAACCAGGCGUCUUCUAUCCCGACUUUUCUCCCGACGUUCCAGUCAGGAGUCAAGCUCCACUUCCAGCUCAGUGUCUGAUUCAAGGUCAUAUGACUCUAGCCCAGAUGAAGCCCCACCCUGUGAAGCUCCUUCAGUCAGCAGAGAGAAUUUGGAAGCAGAGCUGAGGAGCUCAGACCCAGUUCAGGCAUUUUCGUUUCUGCGCCGGCGUGGGCAGUCUCUUGCUCCUGUCCAGGAGAGUGCUGAUGUGGAACCCGAACAGGAAUCGCUCAGGGCUUCUGGAGGCCUGGCUUGGCUAAACUGGAACCGCUGUACUCCUCUGUUUUCUCGUCGCCGAAGAGAAGGACGGGAUGAAAGUGCCCGCAUGGAACCUCGCCGCUCACCCCAGUUCCCUCUUGGUGACCGAGAUGGGCGCAAAACACCUGACCGGGGCUCUCGUCAUGAAGAUGAUGACUAUCAUGCAGAAGAGUCAUCAGUGGGUGCCACAGCAGCACCCUCUGUUGGAGCCUCAGGUCUCUCGUCAUCUGUUCUGCAGGAUGGAGCCCGCCCUGCAGAACGGAGCCAUGGGAUUGGCAGGGUGGUAUCCAGCACCCUCUUACAUAUGCCUGAGAAUGUAAUAAUUGGUGUGGGAGUAGGAGCAGAGGGAAGGAGUCCAAUCGAUGAACCGGUGAAAGAAAAGCCUGCCCCAUCCAGAGACCCAGAGAGACUGCGAAAGAUUCAGGAGAGUUUGCUAUUGGAGGAUUCUGAUGAGGAGGAAGGUGAUCUUUGCAGAAUCUGUCAGAUGGGGGAGCAGUCGAGUUCCAACCCUCUUAUUGAGCCUUGCAAAUGCACUGGCAGCCUGCAGUACGUGCACCAGGACUGCAUUAAGAAAUGGCUUCACUCCAAAAUCAGCUCUGGCUCUAACUUGGAGGCCAUCACUACCUGUGAGCUUUGUAAGGAAAAACUGCACCUGAACAUUGAGAACUUUGACAUUAAUGAGCUCUACAGGUCUCAUGAGAGGUCAGAGUAUGAGUUCAUCAGUUGUGGGCUGUAUCUGGUGGUGCUCCUGCACCUGUGUGAGCAGAGGUUCUCUGAUGUACUUGGGGCAGUCAAUGAUGCCGGGUUUUUCAACUUGGCGAGAACUCUACACGAACACAUGGACAAUCUCGAAAGUUCAUAUGCAGAAUCUGAUGAUGAGGCGGAGGACAGCAGGCCGUUCAUCGACUUCGGUGACUUGGAGGAUGAUGAUGAAUGGGAGGAGGUUUAAUCUGGUGAUGGGCAGGAAGGGGUGUGGCUUAGCAGUCUCCUCCCACUUCCUGUUCUCCACCUGUGUCUUCCUAUUUGAUGUGACUUUAGCCAACGUCUGAUAGGCAACAUAACCACUGUCCCUAGCCUAUAACAAGGCUUUCAUAAUAUGCAGAUAAAUGUUGUCCAAAGGAGCUAGUGGGAUCCCAAUCUGAUUUUGAUUCUUUUUUUUUUUUCUUUUUUUUUUUUUUACAUUUUGCAUCAGAGGUUGGUGAGCAAUCUUUCAGCUUUAUUCAGUUACAAAAGAAAAUGUCCGGUGAACUGUCGACCACCAUGAGUGCUUUACAUGAUAAACUAUGCUGAGACAGCUGGGUUGGGGAAAGAUUCAUACUUGCAUCAGACUUGCACUGGUGCAGUGGCAAAGCUUGUCCUUUAUUUAUUGGGCUGCUUGAAAAUGGGAUGAUGUUUGGUAAUUUAAAUGAUUAAAGAAAAAUAAAUAAACCUUCAUUUUUUUUAAUGUGAUUAAUACAUUUUGCGUUUUUGUUUGUUUUCAGAGAAUUGCUUUCCAGACUUUCUAUUUACAGAGGACCUUUUCAACAGUCAGUUUAUAUGUUGUACAUUGCUUUAUGAUAUCAGUGUAAUUUGCUUGAAUGGAUUAUAACAAUAAAAUGGAGGUAUGGAGAUACCUCAAAAAAAUC